AUGCUGGACAGAGACUCGCUGAAGCAGAGCCUUGUAGUGGUUGUCCAGGACCAUGGCCAGCCCCCUCUCUCGGCCACUGUUACCCUCACUGUGGCUGUGGCUGACAGCAUCCCUGACGACCUGGCUGACCUGAGCAGUCGAGAGUCUCCCACCAACGUGGAUGAGUCUGGCCUCACGCUGUACCUGGUGGUGGCUGUGGCUGCUGUCUCCUGUGUCUUCCUGGCCUUUGUCAGCAUGCUGCUGGUGCUCAGGCUGCGGCGCUGGCACACAAAGCAUCUGCUCCGGGCUUCAGGUGGUGGUUUGUCCAGCCUGCAAGCCUCACACUCUGUGGGCGUGGAUGGGGUGCGCGCUUUCCUGCAGACCUAUUCCCAUGAGGUCUCCCUCACCGCAGACUCCGGAAAGAGCCACAUUAUCUUCCCUCAGCCCAACUAUGCUGACACACUCAUUAGUGCAGAAAGUUGUGGGAAAAGCGAGCCUCUUUCAACCCAGGAAGAGUCAGCUUUUUGCAAAGAGGAGGAUUCUUUUAUUCAGCAGUGGGGAAGUGAGUGCCUCUGAGGAUCUCAAGGAUUUCCUUUUACUGUAAUCCACAAGUAAAAGGAGCAAUGGAAGGA